AUGGAUCAGCAGAGAUUUCUGCAGCAGCUUGCCAUUGUCCUGGACCCAAAGAAAGGCAAUGUGAAGACUGCGACCAAUGUCCUCCAGAAUGAAUUCUACAAGAUCCCCGAGUCCCUCCUCUUUCUCAUCCAACUUGUCAUCUCCCACGACAGCCCCGACCUGAAACAACUCGCCGCUACCCAGGCGCGGCCAUUGGUGUCGAAACACUGGACCAAGAUUCGCAGCGACCAGCGGCAACAUGCGAGAAGCCAGCUGUUUCAGGCUACACUGUCAGAACCUUCCUCCCUUGUUCGGCAUUCCGCAUCUCGCUUGAUUAGUUCCAUCGCAAAGAUCGACCUGGAAGAUGGGGAGUGGCCAGAGUUGCCGGCCAUGCUACAGCAGGCAGCCACAAGCGCCAAGGCAGCCGAGCGUGCUGUUGGCGUCUACGUGCUGUACAGCAUCCUCGAAACAAUGGGUGAUGGUUUCAGUUCCAAGUUUAAAGAGCUCUUCGCAUUGUUCAGCAAGACAAUCACAGACCCAGAGAGUCUGGAGGUGCGCGUCAAUACUAUGUUGGCGAUAUCCAAGAUGGCACUGGUGGUUGACGCCGACGAGGACCAAGCGUCCAUCAAAGCAUUCCAGAGCAUAUUCCCCUCCAUGGUCGCUGUCCUGAAAGACACAAUUGCUGCCGGCAAGGACGACCAGGUUAUGCUGACAUUCGAGGUCUUUAACACCCUCCUGACUGCGGAGUAUCAACUCAUGUCAAAGCACUUCCAAGAACUAGUCAGCUUCAUGAACGACAUCGCUACCAACACCGCCAUGUCCGAUGACAUCCGGACUCAAGCCAUUAGCUUCCUGAUGCAGUGUGUCGUCUACCGGAGACUCCGAGUUCAGGGUGCCAAGAUGGGCGAGCCGUUGACGAAGAGCAUGCUGCGAAUCGUCGCAGAGAUGGAUGACGAUGACGACGAGGACGACGAUGUCACGCCCGCUCGGUCAGCGCUGGGACUGAUCGAUACCAUGGCCCAGUCUCUGCCCGCCAGCCAGGUAGUGGUUCCGUUACUGGAUGCAUUGCCCCAGUAUUCGAAAAGCCCAGACCCAAACUAUCGCCGAGCUGGAAUUCUCGCCCUAGGCAUGGCGGUCGAGGGUGCCCCGGAUUUCUUGAGCACUCAGUUGUCAUCCGUAUUGCCUAUCCUGUUCACGCUGUUAGAAGACUCUGAGGUCACUGUUCGCCGAGCCGCUCUGCAGACGACUGCCCGACUUGCAGAUGAUAUGCCAGAAGAUAUUACCAAGCAGCAUGAGAAAUUGAUGCCUUUACUGAUCCACAAUUUGACUGCCGCCAUGAGUGGGUACAAAGGGGAAGAUGAAGGACCUACGGUUGACAUUAUGAAAUCCGGGACAGGUGCUAUUGAUGCAGUUGUCGAUGGCAUGGAUGCGCAAGAUGCCGUGCAGUACCUGGACAAGUUGGCUCCGCUCUUGCAGGAACUUUUCAAGCAUCCCGACUUCAAGAUCAAGGCAUUGGCGGCUGGCGCGCUCGGAUCACUUGCUUCGACAGUCGAGGCACCUUUCCUACCAUAUCUGGCAGAUUCCAUGAAUGCCAUGCAAGAGUACAUCUUGAAGAAAGAGAGCGAGGAAGAACUCGACCUCCGUGCCAGCUGUAUCGAUGCAAUUGGAGAAAUGGCUGUCGCUGUUGGUGCUGCCCAGUUCAAGGACUAUGUCCAUCCACUGAUGCAAUCGAGCGAGGAAGCUUUGCACCUUGACCAUUCGAGGCUCAAGGAGAGUACUUACAUUCUGUGGGGCUCUCUGGCCAAAGUGUACGAAGAAGACUUUGCUCCUUUCCUUGGUGGUGUGGUGCAGGGACUGUUCGCCUGCAUCGACCAAGAGGAAGCCGAUUUGGAGGUUUCACUGGGAGAAAGUGCCAGAGAUCUGCUGGGAAAGGAGGUGACUAUCGCCGGCCAAAAGGUCAAGGUGGCAGCUGCGGAUAGUGACGACGAAGCCGAAGAUGGCACCAUUGAAGAUGUUGAGAUUGACGGUGACGACGACAGUGACUGGGGCGACCUGGCCACUGUCACACCAAUUGCUCUCGAGAAGGAGAUCGCAAUUGAAGUCAUUGGCGACCUUGUCUCCAAUACGAAGACCGCCUACCUACCAUACUUCGAGAAGACGAUCGAGAAGUUGCUACCUCUAGUGGAACACAGUUACGAAAAUGUGCGCAAAGCGACACUCAGCACGUUGCACCGGGCGUAUGCAGCAUUGUACGACGUGUCCGAAGAGUCUGGCCAACUUCAGAAGUGGAAGCCUGGUCUUCCGGUUCAGGUCGAACCGACCCAAGAGCUCAAGAAGUUCGGUGAGAUUCUGAUGGCCGCGACCCUGAAUGUCUGGACCGAGGAGGAAGACACUGCCACAGUUACUGAGAUCUCAAGAUCUCUCUCCGAGAACCUCAAGAUGACCGGACCAUCACUCCUCUCCUAUCCUGAUGUCCUCGGCAAGAUCGUGCAGACCUUAACGGAUUUGAUUACGAAGAAGCACCCCUGCCAAAUUGACAUGGCAGAUGAAGCCUUGGAUGAAGAAGAUAUGGAAUCGACCGAGCUGGAAUGGUUGGUUGUUGACAGCGCCAUGGAUGUCAUCUCCGGCCUCGCCGCUGCCCUAGGCCCCAGUUUUGGAGAACUAUGGAAGAUCUUCGAGAAACAGGUCCUGCGUUAUGCGAGCGGUGGCGAAGCUCUAGGCCGCGCGUCUGCAUGCGGCGUACUUGCAGAAGUCAUCACUGGGAUGGAAGGCGCAGUUACCCCGUUCACGGCUCAGAUGAUGAAUGUUCUGCUCAAGCGUCUCAGUGACGAAGAUGCGCAGACAAAGUCAAACGCAGCUUAUGCUGUUGGGCGUCUGGUCGAGAAAUCCAACGACGACGCUACCACUACCAAGGCAUAUCCACAGAUUCUUCAGAAACUCGAACCUAUCCUUCACAUUCAAGAAGCGCGCUGCACCGACAACGCAGCUGGCUGUUUGGCGCGUCUAAUCAUGAAACAUAAGGACAAGGUGCCAGUGUCACAGGUCCUCCCCGCCCUUGUCGAUGGAGGAAUUCUCCCUCUGCAGGACGACUACCAGGAGAACGAACCGGUCUGGAAGAUGAUUGUUCAACUCUACCGCGAACAGGACGCGACAGUGCAACAGCUUACCCCAAAGCUCGCUCCUAUCAUGGUGAGCGUGCUCGGGCAGCCUGAGGAGCAGUUGACCGAUGAGGUUCGAGAGCAGGUCCAAGCCCUCGUGGAGCAUCUCAAGAGCAUACAUUAG